GACUAUAUUUGUGACCUUGAAAUUUGCUUACCUUGCCUCUGAAAGAGGCCGAAAUGGAUUCGUCAUCAGCUGGCACGAAUGGCCUUGCAGGUGGUGGUGCUGCCAGCUCGUUGGCUGGUGCAAAAAGGCGGACGAAAGUGGUUUUUCUCAACCCUGUUGAGAUCGCGAAUUGGGACCAGAUCAAAGAAAACUCCAAACAAAAUGUGAUUGACCAAAAUGACUUGAUAAAUUAUGAGAAAAUGUUGAAGGAUGAUGAUACUACCUCAGUAUCCAGAAGUAAUUCUGAGGCUCGAAGGCGACAAAGUAAAAGACGUGGACGUCCUAAAGGUAGCAGAAAUGGAGCUCGAAAGCGUCCAGCCGACCCAAGUCAGCCGUGGUUAGAGUCAAGCGAUUCAGAUGAACCUAAUAUAGGCCUUGAAGAUGAAUUAGAUGAUGAUGAAUAUUUUAGAAGGCUGGAAGAGGAAAAAAUGAGGGAAGAUGCCGAGGAAGUGUCCAGGAAAAAACGCGAAAUGGAAGCACGAGCUGCUGCUCGUGCUAAUGCACAAGGUAGAAGAGGCAGUGCAAAAGUUGAUCCAUCAUUUAUCACUCAUCCAUUUCAAACUUCUACCAAUUCAGAUAGUAAUUUAAGCUGUCAAUCUGGCAGUCAACGUGAAUUUAGCAAUCGAAACAAAAAACAAACCAAUUAUACUGCACUAACAGGGUUUCGAGAGGUUAGUGAUAGUGAUGAUCUUAGUGAACUCGAUGACAAAGUUGCAGGUCGAAGUGGCUUUUUGCAAGAAAAUGAUUAUCCAAGAUCUUUAGAUGAUAUUCAUGAACAGAACGAGGAGGACUAUCAAGAACCAGCAUCACCUUUUCGACAAUCUAUCUUGGAUAUGUUACCGCCACCGCCAUCUCCUGUCAUCCCUUCUAACUUGGAAGAAGAAAAAUCUUGUGUUAAAUGUGAAUCUCUCAGUGUUACUGACAGUAAUGAUUUGAAUACUCUGCGCACAACGGUUUCUACUGCUUCUCUUAAUGACCCAUAUACUCAAAAAAUGCUAGAAAUGGAUCCUAUAGAGUUGAGAUUUCGUUCUCCUCCUCUUAUCUUACCAUCAUCAGCAAACGAUCUUGUGUGCCCUCGUGAAUAUAUUCUUGAUGUCUUAAAUAUAUAUGAAGUACUUCGACGUUACAGUUCUCUAUUACGGUUGUCUCCAUUCAGGUUGGAAGACUUUGCAGCUUGUCUUAUAUCUGAUGAAAAUUCCAAUCUACUCGCUGAAGCUCAUAUGGUUCUCCUUAAAGCUCUCUUACGUGAAGAUGAAGCCAAUGGAACUUCAAUGUGUCCUGUUGAUAGUAAAGAUUCGGUAAACCUGACAUACUAUCUACUAGAUCGGUUUACAUGGCCUUACCUACUAGCCAAUUAUUUGUCUAGUAUUAAAUCUACCGAGGCAGCAGCUCGUUUAUCUGCUGCUAAUACAACAACAGCUGCUGGCUCAGUUGGUGGUCCCACCGGAUCAGGUGGAGCUGAUAUAGUACUUACUGCUGCCCUUUUCCCUCCUGACUUGAUUCCCUUGAAUCCAGAUUAUCCAUUCGUGCCAAUUAAAUCACGUAUAGCUGUUUUGCGUGGUCUCACAAGCUUGUUCCUGGCAACUGGUCCAGUUAGAGGCGAUAUACUUCGGGAAGGUUUGAUGACACACGAAGAUUAUUGUCGCGUUUGUCAUCAAAGCGGAGAAGUGUUAUGUUGUGAUGGAUGCACAGCUGUAUUCCAUUUGCAUUGUUUAAAUCCUCCAUUAUCUUCUGUACCAACGACUAGUUGGAUUUGUCCAGUGUGUAUUAAUAAAAGAACUCCCGGUGUAACAGAUUGUUUAUCAGAAGCAGAGAAAAAUGGAGUAGCACAUUAUCAAGAACCAAUUGGGAAAGAUCGAGCUGGUCGUUUAUAUUGGUACAUUAGUCGACGAUUAAUUAUUGAACCAGUUGAUUUCAGUCAACUUGAACCACAAUUAAUGGGAUUUCAUGAUGGUGUAGUUGAUCAUUCAUGGGAGAUGGAAUACGGUCGUGAAUUAAUGGAAAAUGAUCCGGAAAUGGACGACAACGAAGAAGAAGAGAAAGAAAAUGAUGAUGAUAAUGAUGAUGAUGAUGAAGCCGACGGCAAUGUUAACACUGAGGAAGUUGAUAGUACAGCCAACUCCGCUUCAAAAGCAUCCAAUUCCGACAGUAAUACUACUAAUAAUACUCGACAGAAGAAUCACAAGAAAUAUCAAUGUUCUAAUCCAUCUGUUACUUAUGCUAAUGAACCAUGUGUUUAUUACUAUUCAUCUAUUGAACAAAUCAUGCAUAUUCGUGAAUUAUUAUCUCCUGAAUGGGAACCAUGGCUUUGUUAUCGUUUUGAUGCUCUGCUGCCACGAAUUCGUAAUGAAAUGGCUAUUACACAAAAAUUAACUGAAUCAGGUUUCUUAGAGUUUUGUUCAUUAAGACCAAAUCAUAAACCGAUUACACUGGCGGCUAGCGAUUCCAUUGAAAAUUCUAAUUUGACAGUCAACGGUCCAGAUACAGUGUAUGUUUAUUCAGUGUUGGAAGUUGAACAAGCUCCUUUUAAAAAGUCCACGACAUUGGCAAAACUACAUAGUGGAACAUCGGAUCAUCCGAAAACAAGACUUGCUAUUGCAGCUUGUAGUCUACAAUCCGCCGAUAUACCUGUCUAUCCAACUUUACCAAAACAAUUACCAUCUAUUUUAAAUCAACAACAACCUAUUGAUUUUUCCUCAUCUUUAAUUGUUACAGAUGCGAAUAGUUGUAUUGUGAGUAAUCACGAUCAAAUUAUAACUCAUACAAUGAAAGAAACUUCUGUAAUAUCCAAUAUCAAUCAUCAUAGUCGUACAAAGUAUCCAAAAGAAAUCACUACUAAAACAGCAACAACAACAGCCUCAGCCACAGCAGCUAUACAUCGUAUUGAAAUGGCAUUGAAAAAUUUAGAAAAAACACCAAUUGGUGGUGCUUCCGCAUUGAAACCAAUCACUAAUGCACAACAAACUAAUCCAUAUGCUGAUGUGUUAUUAUUAAAAUCAACUAAUCUUAUUAAUAAAUCUCAUGAUCACAGUAACAAUAACAGUACUCAUCAUACACAUCAUCAUCAUAAACCAUCGAAUCGUUGUCGUACUAGUAGUAGUAGUCAACCGAUGAAAUCACAGAAAAAAUUCUAUACACAUAAACGUGAUUUUAUAUCACGUCCUAUUUGAAAACAAACAAACAAACAGAACAGAACAGAACUCAAUCUCUCCUUGUUCCCUCCCCCGCCCCCUACAUGAAAUGGAUCUUAUUAUUGGUGGAUUUGUUUGUGUG